UGCAGUUCCCUGUGGCUUUCCCCCUCACCCCUCCCGGCUUUUCCUUCUUCCCGACAGCAGUGGAGUCUGAGAAAAGAGGCCACGGUUUGGGGACCCGACGGGAUUUGACACCCUGUGCCGAGUUCCUCUUUCUCCAGAGACGGUGCUUCCUGUAACUGUGGUGCAGCCGACAGCGAGAACUGUCUUGCUUGCGUCUGGUCGCCUGCCUCUCCGGGGGGACCCCCGCGUCCUCCCCUCAGCUGGGGAGGCCAGGAGCCAUGGCGCUCCCGGGACUUCUCUGCGGAAACCUGGACUGGACGGCCGUGACCUUGGGGUCGCUGCUGCUGCUGCUCUUCGUCCUGUUGAAGUGGUAUUCCACUUCUGCGUUUUCCCAGCUGGAGAAGCUGGGCAUCCGGCACCCGCCCCCCACCCCGUUCAUCGGCAACCUGACGCUUUUCUGCCAGGGAUACUGGGAAAGCCACAGGGAGCUGAUCGAGACCUACGGACCUCUCUGCGGGUACUACCUCGGUCGGCAAAUGUAUAUAGUAGUGUCAGAGCCGGAGAUGAUUGAGAAGAUCUUGGUGAAGGACUUCGGCAACUUUACCAACAGAAUGGUGUCGGGCUUGAUCCCUAAACCCCUCAGCGACAGCGUCGUUUUUCUACACGGCAAGAGAUGGUCGGAGGUCAGGUGGGCAUUAACGCCCGCAUUUGGCCCUGAGAAGCUGAACCAGAUGCUUCCGCUCAUCGACCGGGCCUGCGACACCCUGCUGACCAACCUCAGGGUGCGGGCGGAAUCGGGAGCGGCUCUCGACAUCCACAGGUCCUUCGGCUGCCUCACCCUGGACAUCGUCGCCAGCCUGGCCUUUGGUUUGCAGGUGGACUCCCAGCGGGACCCGGGAGACCCCUUCGUCCAGCACUGCAGACGCUUCUUCGAGCAGUCCGUCCCCAGGCCGGUGCUCUUCUUGCUCCAUGCAUUUCCCUUCUUGGCCCCCCUGGCCCGGGCCCUUCCCAGCAAGAGCCGGGACGAGCUGAGCGACUUCUUCAGGCGGGCGGUCCAGGACGUGAUGGCGCGGCGCUCUCGGCAGCCUGCCGGUGAGCGGCGCAGGGACUUCCUCCAGGAGAUGCUUGACGCCCACGGACGGAUCGGCCUUCCCGGGCCGGAGCAGCCGGACGCCGCCGGACCCGGGGCCGCCCCCGGCCGGGCCCCGGAGCCCUUGACGGAGGACGAGCUGGUCGGCCAGGCCCUGGUCUUCCUGAUCGCCGGCUACGCCACCGCGGCCAACACGCUGUCCUUCGCCACCUAUCUGCUAGCCACCCACCCCGAGGUCCAGGGGAAGCUGCUGAGGGAGGUGGACGAGUUCGGCGAGAGCCACGGGGAGCCGCCCACAUUCAGCAGCCUGCAGGAAGGCCUCCCCUACCUGGACAUGGUCAUUGCCGAGACCCUGCGCAUGUACCCACCGGCCUUCAGGUUCACCAGGGUAGCGGCCCAAGACUGCGAGGUGAUGGGCCAGCGCAUCCCGGCCGGAGCGGUCGUAGAAACAGCAGUCGGCCACCUGCACCGCGAUCCCGCGUACUGGCCCGAGCCGGAGAAAUUCCUCCCCGAGAGAUUCGACCCAGAGACGGGGCAGCGGCCCCCACCCUGCGCGUACCUGCCCUUCGGCGCCGGGCCCCGGGCCUGCCUGGGAACCCAGCUGGGGCUGCUGCAGAUCAAGUUGGCACUGCUCCGCACCCUGCGGGCGUUCAGAGUCGCCCGCUGCCCGGGCACCCAGGUCCCGCUGCGGCUCACGUCCCAGGCCACUCUGGGGCCCCGAGAUGGGGUCGUCGUCCAGCUCCUGCCUCGCCAGGGUCCCCCGCCUGCCCCAGGCCCCCGCCAGCCCAGCUGAACCACGGCACGCGGCCCCGGGAUCGGACACCGCACAGCGGAUAGGCCGGCUCGCCACUUCCGUCCCUUUUCCCCCUCACUCCGACCCGCAGCCCCUUCCAGAUGGGGAGCUCCCGGGGCCCUCCCGGGCCCGGGCUGGACCACCCCAGCGCUGGGAUCUGGACUCUGCUCAUUCUCCAGGAUUUAAUAAAGGUGUAUUCAGCUGC